CACUUUGAGCUGGGCUUUUUUGAUCUGUGUGAUAUAUGUAUAUUCUCCUCUUCUUUCUGUUGCCUUCCCUUCCUCUCCAUUCUGUUCCUUAAAAUGUUCUGUAGUUUUGUACAAGGUGAAAGAGACUCAGCCUUGGGGACUUCUUGCUAAAGCUUUAAUGCUUUGUAAAUAAAAUGGGAUGUUUACUAAACCACAAGUAUAGAUGUUCGUUUGUAAACUGCCUGCUUCUGGAACUCAGCAGCCACUUUGUUUCUGUACAAUAGAAGAUAAGUGUAGAGUUUAGAUCUUUCUCUGUGGUCAUCUGGAUCUAGAAAGGUCAGGCAGUUUGGAUUUCUUCCUUUGUACAAACUAGAAAUAAAUGAUUUGAGCUAAAAGCUGGCGUUAAUUUAAAAAAAAAAAAAAAGGUCACCUAGGAAUUUCUUUUCAUAUUCUUUAACUCAAUAUAAGCUUUGAAGAGCCCACAGUGCUGGGCAUUCUGGGAGGUUACAAUAAUGCAUCCUAGAGGUUCUAGCCUUCCAAGGGUCUUUGUUAGUCUAAAUAUAGUUACAUUCUUCCUUGUUAGUCAUUUUCUCUGAUUAAAUAACUUUAACAUCCAUACUGAAUAUUCAUUGUCUCAUAAAAAUAAUUUGUCUCAGAGACUGUAGUGCAGUGGUUCUCAACCUUCCUAAUGUUGCGACCCUUUAAUACAGUUCUUCAUGUUGUGGUCAACCCCAAUCAUAAAAUUAUUUUCAUUGCUGCUUCAUAACUAAUUUUGCUACUGUUAUGAAUCGUGAUGUAAAUAUCUGAUACUCAGUGUAUCUGAUAUGUGACUCCUGUGAAAGGGUCAUUUGAUCCCCCAAGGAAUUGAGACCCACAAGUUGAGAACCACUGCUUUAGUGGUAUGGUUUUAAUGAACACCAAGUUGAGCUACUUACCAAUCUUCUGUCUUGUCACUAAGAACCCAUCUUUAUCAUCACAGCUGUUUCAUAGCAACCUUCACUGAUGUAAACAAACAAACAAUGAGCUCCUCUGUUCUGCAGGGUAAAUAGAACAGACUAGAAUCAAACAGCAUCGUUCAUCCUCACACCCAGCAACAUCCAUCCUGCUUCCCUUGGGAAAGAGAGUACCUGGAACAAGACAGGAGCUGCCUCUGCCGUGGCCUCACUUGCUCCUUUGGAAGGGUGUGUGGGACUAAAUUUUCACACACCCACCCUUUAGUAUCUCUAACCCCUGUGUAGCUGAGAAUGACCUGGAACUUCUGAUCUUCGUCUCAUCUUGUAGCCAGGCUGGCCUUGAACUUGCUCACAGUCCUGCCUCUGCCUCCAGCCUGUGGGUUUGAAUUCAUUAGGCAGAAGGGACAAGAAUGCCCCCUGGGAAGAUGCCCCUGGCAAACCCAGUCCGACAUCAGUAGUCCAAGUCUUUUUCCUGCCUGUGGCCUCACCUGAGAAGAAGGACUACACUUCUGGGCACAUGUGUGCAUCUGUCUGUUCUGCUGACAGCUGUGCAUCAUCAUCUCUCAAUGCUAAAGGUUAUUCCAGGCUGGAGGAUCUGUGUUACAGCACGAUAGAGUAUUCGUCUGGAAUGCCUGCUGGUGAAAUGCCUACUGAGACAUGAAGACUGGGACCACUGUUUUUAUCCUUGGGAGCCUGGUAUCGGUCAUCUGCCUGCCUUUGGUGUUGACGUCCCCUAAAACACUGGCCAUCCCCGAGAGGCUACAACAAGCUGUGGGGAGAGUCAUUGUCAAUGCCACAGCGUGCACCGUUACAUGUGGCCUUGGCUACAAGGAAGAGACCGUCUGUGAGGUGGGUCCUGAUGGGGUGAGGAGGAAGUGCAAGUCCCAGCGUCUGGAGUGUCUGACCAACUGGAUCUGUGGGAUGCUCCAUUUCACUAUUGUCCACGGGGAGGAGUUCGAGCUGAACUGUCUGAGCGCAGACAUCCUGGAGGUGGGGCGGGAAGCUUUCCGCUUCACCUGGAAGCUUGCUCGGGGCAUCAUCUCGACUAACGAUGAGGUUUUUAAACCCUUCCGAGCCAACUCUCACUUUCUGCGCUUUAAACCCGCCUAUGAGUAUGACUCGGGGACAUACCGAUGUGAUGUGCAGCUGCUGAAAAACUUGAAGUUUGUCAAGAGGCUCUAUUUUGGGCUGAGGGUCCUUCCUCCAGACUUGGUAAACCUGAAUUUCCAUCAGUCCCUUACUGAGGACCAGAAGUUAGUAGAUGAGGGCUGGGAGGUUAGUCUAGACAACCAUUCGAAGCCUCACCUCCCAGAGUGGCAAAAGAAGGUGGCAUCAGCCGUGGGCAUAGGGAUCGCUGCCGGAGUGGUCGGUGGCGUGCUGGUAAGCAUGGCUGUCCGCAUUGUGCUGAGGGAGAUCGAUGGUAACGGCAGCCUUAGCAGCUUAUAAUGGAACCCUUACUCCUGGGAGGCUGACUGCCCAGGAGGCCGAGCUAGCCUGUACACGAGUGUCCUGUCCCUCUGGUAGUGGAGUGGCAAGAGAGGGCUCUUGGAGCCUAAGGUUGGCUAGGAGACUUGGAGGAUGCUCAGGGGAGCAGUAUCCAUCCCUGUGUUCAGGUUUUCUCAUCCUGGGUGCUCAGUAGGCUUUGCUUCUGUUCCCGGGGAAAUUCUGUCUUCCAAGCUUGCUUUUCUUUCCACGCUUCAUGGCGUGUGUACCACUCCCCUCCACUCCACCUCUCCGGACAGUGUGUAUGGACCAGAAUGUACUAUUAGCAGUUCGGGCGGAAACUUUCUAUUUUUGUUCAAUAAAAAUAAUUCACAGUAACUGUAUGGCAACCCAACCCUUUGUUAUUUUAUGUAAGAUUUCUCCCAUGUAGAAACUGUCCCGUAGGUGGCCUGCUUUUCAUUUUCCUUGGGUUUCCUAGAGCAUGUGGUUGACAGACUGUUUGUAUCGGCUGUAUGCCUGUAUGUUGUAAAGGUGAGCCAUGAUGCCUGACUCGGCUGACAGACAGUCUUAGUAUCUGCCCUCCCUGUCCUCUCUAGGUGAUCCUCUGAGCUCA